UGGCGGAGAGGGGCGGGGCCGGAGCCGGGGCUCGGGGCGGGGCUUUGCGGCGGGUCCCCUGCGCAGCGGAGCGGGAGCGGAGCGGAGCGGAGCCGCGCAGCCAUGGGGCCGGGACGGGCGCCGCUUCUGCGGCUGCUGCUGCUGCUGGGGGUCCUGGGCGGAGCGGCGAGCGGGCCCCACUCCCUGCGCUACUUUGAUGUUGCGGUGUCGGAGCCCAGCCUGGGGGUGCCUGAGUUCAUGUAUGUGGGGUACGUGGACGGGAACCCCAUCGUGCACUACGACAGUGGCACCAGGAGGGCGGUGUCCCGGGCGGACUGGAUGGCGGCCAACCUGGACGAGCAGUACUGGAACAGAGAGACCCAGAUCGCACUGGAUGAUCAGCAGAUUUACCGCGUGAGCCUGGAAACUGCGCGGGGCUACUACAACCAGAGCAGGGGGGUUCACACCGUGCAGCGCAUGAUCGGCUGUGACCUCCUGGAGGACGGCAGCACCAGGGGGUAUUGGCAGUACGCCUACGACGGGAAGGAUUACAUCUCCUUGGACUUGGACACCAUGACGUUCACCGCGGCGGACGUGGCGGCACAGAACACCAAGAGGAAGUGGGAGAAGGACGGGACUGUCGCUGAGCAGCAGAAGCACUACCUGGAGAACACCUGCAUCGAGUGGCUGCGGAGAUACGUGAGCUACGGGCACAAUGUGCUGGAGCGGAAAGAGCCGCCCACGGUGCGGGUGUCGGCGUCGGAGGCGCACGACGGGAUCCUGACCCUGCGCUGCCGCGCGUUCGGCUUCUACCCGCGGCCCAUCGGCGUCAGCUGGCUCAAGGACGGCGAGGUCAGGGACCAGGACACCGAGUGGGGCGGCAUCGUGCCCAACAGCGACGGCACCUACUACACCUGGGCGGCCAUCGAGGCGCGGCCGGAGGACCGGGACAGGUACCAGUGCCGCGUGGAUCACGCCAGCCUGCCCAAGCCGCAGCUGUUCGCGAGCGAGCCGGAGUCCAGCCUGGUCACCAUCUUGGUGGCCGUGGCCGCCGCCAUCCUGCUUGUCAUCGCCGUGGUCGCCGGAGUCGCCGUCUGGCGGUACCGCUCAGGGAAGAAGCAGAAGGGCUACGGCGUGGCGCCCAGUGUGGACGGGGGGUCCGGCGGCUCCAACAGCUCCAACAGCUCAGCCCCAGUGCUCAGCGCCUGAGCACCGGACGCACGGCUGGAUGCGGCCCCUGCCGCGGGGCCAGCGGGAGGAGGUGGCCACUGGUCCCACCGCGCUGGUUCCGCCGCAAUAGUCCUGGUGCACCGGUCCCACCGCGCUGGUCCCACUGCAACGAUCCCACCGCGCUGGUCCCACCGCGCUGCCCCCGGCCGCGCUGGCGGCUCCUCUGGCCGGGGGUUCCCUGCCCUGUUCACACCUGCGAUCGCUUGCGGCUCUUUCGAUUGGGGGUUAUAACCCGUUUCUUUGGUGUGAUUUGGUUUCCUGGCUACUCAAUAAACGCUGCUCCGCACGCAGCGUCCGGCUGCGCCUCCGCUCCCGGCGCCGGUUUGAUGCGCACCGGCGCUGGCUGGGUGCGCGCCGGCACUGGUUUGGUGAGCACCAGGACUUA